CAAAUUUUUUCCUCUGACUACAAGAAGAGUCAUUGACAAGAGUGUGUGUGUAUCGUACGAGUCUCCCAUGUCAGGCUGGUAUAGCGCAAUUGACAAAACAAUUAGCACCAUCACUCCUCCACAAGGGCAGUGUUCCCUUUUCCUUAGCACAAAAACUACCAUGGCACAAGAGCAUCGCAUGCCAUCGUAUCCACCACCCAACCACAACCGCGCGCUCUCUCUCUGUUUCUUACCCCACCACUCCAUUCCCCACCAUCGGGCACGCCGUUAG